AUGGCCAAAGCUUUCUUCAGGCUACAGAAGUUUCUCCGUCGGACCCAGUUUCUACUCUUCUUCCUCACAGCAGCUUACCUGAUGGCUGGCAGCCUCCUGCUGCUACAGCGGACCCGCCUGGUUAUCCAGCAAGGUUCACGUGGGACCUCCACUAAUCAGGCCCUGCAGGCACCGGACGGGAUGGCCGGGGUUGGGAUUGCAGACCCCAGGAUGCUGCAAAACCCUCGCUCCGGUCCCAGGCUGCUGGUAGGCAUGGAUGCGCUGCAGGAGCCAGCCCUGGACCAGCACAGCCCACAGUGGCUUGUGUCCCGCAACUUGGAGCUCAGGCAGUUGAGAAGAAGGUGGUUUCACAGGUUCAUCAGUGAUCAGGAGCCCAUGCAAACAGUGGGAUUUAAAGCGAUGAAGCACACUGCUGAACACAAAGGGACCUACAUGGGAUGCUUCAGUGAUGAUCCAAGAGAGAGGACACUGAAGGGAGCUGUGUUUUAUGACUUAAGAAAAAUGACAGUAUCUCACUGUCAGGAAGCUUGUGCUGAGAGGGCUUACACCUAUGCGGGCCUAGCGUAUGGAGCAGAGUGCUACUGCGGGAACAAGCUCCCAGCAACGACCUCGAAGCCUGAGGAGUGCAACAGCGAGUGCAAAGGGGAAAAGGGCUCUGUCUGUGGAGGGGUGAACCGGCUCUCUGUCUACAUGGUGGAGGAGCUGCAGGCAGGAGCGAGACGACGGAGGAAUGUUAUCUAUCGAGGAUGUUUUAGAGCUCCAGAAAAUUUAACAGACACCUUUCCAGCCUCUUUGAUACAGCCCAAUUUGACGGUGGAGAUGUGCUCUGAAUUUUGCUCCAAGAAAGAGUUUCCUUUGGCAGUCAUCCGAGGGCGGGAGUGCUACUGCGGCUACCCCACUGGGCGCUUCUCGCUGCACGAUGGCGCAGACGGGCUGCUCUGCAGCGGGAUGCACAACGCCAGCAGCGCCGCUGAGGGAAAAUACUGCCUGGUCUAUCAGACACCAGUGCAAGACACCCGCUGCACAGACAGAAAAUUCUUAACCACCAAAUCCAAAGUGUUCGUUGCUUUGUCGAGCUUUCCUGGGGCUGGGAAUACAUGGGCUCGCCAUUUGAUAGAGCACGCCACAGGAUACUACACGGGAAGCUAUUACUUCGAUGGAACGCUCUACAACAAAGGGUUCAAAGGAGAAAAAGACCAUUGGAGAAGCAGAAGGACCAUCUGUGUGAAAACACAUGAAAGCGGCAAGACGGAGAUUGAAAUGUUUGAUUCAGCGAUCCUGUUGAUAAGGAACCCGUACAAGUCGCUGAUGGCAGAGUUCAACAGGAAAUAUGCCGGGCACCUGGGGUACGCCACCGACCGCAACUGGAAGAGCAAAG